AGCUCAAGGACAAGAUGACGGAGCUGCUGCCGCUGCUGCCCGUGCUGGAUCAGUACAAGGCGGACACGCGGCUGAUCGUGCACCUGAAGGAGGAGGUGAGGAACCUCUCCGGGAGCCUGCUGGCCAUCCAGGAGGAGAUGGGCGCCUACGACUACGAGGAGCUGCAGCAGCGGGUGCUGAUGCUGGAGGCGCGGCUGCACGCCUGCAUGCAGAAACUGGGCUGCGGGAAGCUGACAGGCGUCAGCAACCCCAUCACCAUCCGCGCGUCGGGCUCCCGCUUCGGGUCGUGGAUGACCGACACGAUGACGCCCAGCGCCGACAGCCGGGUCUGGUACAUGGACGGCUACUACAAGGGCCGGCGCGUGCUGGAGUUUCGGACGCUGAACGACUUCGUCACGGGGCAGAACUUCGUGCAGCACCUCCUGCCUCACCCCUGGGCCGGCACGGGCCACGUGGUCUUCAACGGGUCCCUCUACUACAACAAGUACCAGAGCAACGUGGCCGUCAAGUACCAUUUCCGCUCGCGCAGCGUGCUGGUGCAGCGCAGCCUGGCCGGCGCCGGCUACAACAACACCUUCCCCUACUCCUGGGGGGGCUUCUCCGACAUCGACUUCAUGGUGGACGAGAGCGGGCUCUGGGCCGUCUACACCACCAACCAGAACGCCGGCAACAUCGUGGUGAGCCGCGUGGACCCGCAGACGCUGGAGGUGCUGCGCAGCUGGGACACGGGGUACCCCAAGCGCAGCGCCGGCGAGUCCUUCAUCAUCUGCGGCACGCUCUACGUCACCAACUCCCACCUGGCCGGCGCCAAGAUUUACUUUGCCUACUACACAAACACUUCCAGCUACGAGUACACGGAUAUUCCCUUCCACAACCAGUACUCCCACAUAUCCAUGCUGGACUACAACCCGCGGGAGAGGGUGCUCUACACCUGGAACAACGGCCACCAGGUCAUCUACAACGUCACGCUCUUCCACGUCAUAAAGACGUCGGGCGAGCUGUGACCCCCGCGCCGGACUCCUCUGCUCGCCCCGUUCCUGCUCUUUAUUUUUCUACGCCUCUCUCGGGGACGGAGCCUUCCUCCUCCUCUUCUUCAACGAUUUAUUUAUUUAUUUUUUUUACAUUUCUUUGGUUUCUCCCCGCGGUUCACGGCGCAUGGAUCUCUUCUGCCUUCAUUUGAGCUCGCCUUGGUUGGUUCUGUUUUUUUUUUUUUUUUUUUUUUUUUUUUCUUUUCUUUUUCCCCGAUUUUCUUUAUUUUGACGGCAAAUAAAAGCAGUCUCUUUGACAUUUGA